CGCACGCAUCAUUCCCCCCACCACACCGCAUCAACAGAGCCCUCGCCAAACACUGACCUCAGAUCUCUCUCGCCUUACGCCGCCGCCGUCUGCUGGGAGGAGAGCAAGGGAAUGGCCGCGAGCAGCAGCUACGAUGGUGUGCUCCUGGGGAUGGGCAAUCCCCUCCUCGACAUCUCCGCCGUCGUCGACGAGGCCUUCCUCACCAAGUAUGACGUCAAGCUGAACAAUGCCAUUCUCGCCGAAGAAAAGCACUUGCCUAUGUAUGAUGAGUUGUCCAGCAAGGGCAAUGUUGAAUACAUUGCUGGAGGAGCCACCCAGAACUCUAUCAGGGUUGCUCAAUGGAUGCUUCAAGUUCCUGGCGCAACAAGUUACAUGGGUUGCAUUGGAAAGGACAAGUAUGGUGAGGAGAUGAAGAAUGCUGCACAAGCUGCAGGGGUUACUGCACAUUACUAUGAGGAUGAGGCUGCUCCUACAGGCACAUGUGCUGUCUGUGUUGUUGGUGGCGAAAGGUCACUGAUUGCAAACUUGUCUGCAGCGAACUGCUACAAAUCUGAGCAUCUAAAGAAACCAGAGAACUGGGCACUAGUUGAGAAAGCAAAAUACAUCUACAUUGCUGGAUUUUUCCUUACGGUCUCCCCUGAUUCAAUUCAGCUUGUUGCUGAGCAUGCUGCUGAAAAUAACAAGGUUUUCUUGAUGAACCUUUCUGCUCCCUUUAUCUGUGAGUUUUUCCGUGAUGCACAAGAGAAGGUUCUUCCAUAUGUGGACUACAUCUUUGGAAAUGAAACUGAGGCAAGGAUCUUCUCUAAAGUCCGUGGAUGGGAGACUGAGAAUGUUGAGGAGAUUGCUUUGAGGAUCUCCCAACUGCCUUUGGCUUCGGGAAAGCAAAAGAGGAUUGCUGUGAUUACUCAAGGUGCUGAUCCAGUAGUUGUGGCUGAGGAUGGAAAGGUGAAAACAUUCCCUGUGAUCCUAUUGCCCAAGGAGAAGCUCGUUGACACCAAUGGCGCAGGUGAUGCUUUUGUUGGAGGCUUCCUCUCACAAUUGGUUCAAGGGAAGAGCAUUGAGGACAGCGUUAAGGCUGGUUGCUACGCAGCAAACGUUAUCAUCCAGCGUUCUGGCUGCACUUACCCUGAGAAGCCUGACUUCAACUAGAACAAAAUCAGUCACUUUACGGGAAGGGUUGAUGACUUGUCGUAGCAACAUUUAUCCUUAACCGCUUAAUGGUUCGGCGUGUAAUCCCUGUAAUGUUUUGAGGCUUUCCAUCUCCUCCGGCCUAUAUCUUUUUUCGGCGGGGUAUUUGUUGCACUGCUAUAAUUACUUCUAUCAGUAUAAGGCACGAUUGCCAUUAUGUUCUGAUGUUUACCUUCCGGUUAUUUGCAAUAUACAUAUACCUGGAGUAA